AGAGGCCGUUACUGCUCCAGCACCGGAGAAAGCGCAGCCGAUACUUAGGAGCCCCGCCAAUCUCUCCGGCUCAUACCUCCACCUCCAGCCGGUCAUAGCUCCGUACCGCCCCCUUUAGCUGACGUACCGCCUGCGUAUAUUCGCGUCUAUCCAGGCUUUUGAGCAUGGACUCUCCCAUCUACCACACUGAAGGUGUGCCUCCUGCUGAUUCCAAUUCUGAUUCCAUAGAUGUGGUUACUGUGACUCCUAAACGCACUGGAAAAAAGGUUAAAAUAAUGACACCAGAGGAGUCUGUGGACUCCCCUAAAGCAGAUGGCAGGAAGAGACAACGUCGUCCAAAUAAGAGCAUAUUAAAGAGAACGUCCUCAGGGGAUUCUCCAGUCAUACCGGCUAUACAGAAAUGUAAAGAGGAGAACGAGACUCAAUCCACUCCCCCCAUGAUGGAUUGUCUGGAACAAUUUCAUACUUUGUCAGAAGUAAUUCCACCUUGCAACCCAGAACUAAAUGAAAUGGAGGAAUUACCGGCCUUCACCAUGGUCAAUCCAGAAACUUUUGAGCCCCAAUCCACUGUGCCAUAUGGAGGCCAAGCAGGAGAUGCUACACCAUUUUUUAUGCCAGGCAGAGGACUUCUCAUCUCAGGACCAAAUGAAACCCAGGGAUUACCAGCCUUCAGCCAAGGAGCUUUUGUGUGCGGAGCCAGCAUGCCAUAUAUAGGCCAAGAAGGAGAUGCUACACCAUUUUUCAUGCAAAGCAAUGGCAUUCUCAUCCCAGCUCCCACAGGAGGAAUAAAAGUUUUUGGCUCUCCUGAGAAGUUAGCGGAAGAGGCAUCACGGAAAAGGGAGCUGCGACUAAUGAAAAACAGGGCAGCAGCAAAGGCGUGUCGCAUCAAGAGGAAAGAAUACAUUAAACACCUGGAGUAUACUAAUUCCUUACUGGAAAUAAAAAUGCAGCAGCUGAUGCAAGAAAUAGAGGUGUAUAAAAGCAUGUGUGUAAAGAACACAACCUUCAAUUAAAAAUAACUAUAUUUGGCAAAAAUUGGUCCAUAGUAUAUCUUU